AGUUCACCGUAUUGUUUGAGGGUGCCGUGAAUCGUCGGAGGAGGGGGGGCGGGGGGCUGAAUUGCCAAAUUUCUCCCGAUAGUGUUCACAUCCGGAGUCUCGACGAUCGUCAUUUAAAGCCCCCCUGUAUGUUUUAGGACACAGAUGUGUACAAUUUUUAUUAUUUAUUUUAUUUUUUCUUAGCUUAUGCUUCACACUCUGGGAGGGCAGAAAUGGCGGCUAACAUGUACCGGGUCGGAGAUUAUGUUUUCUUUGAAAACUCCUCAAGUAACCCAUACCUGAUCCGUCGAAUAGAAGAACUCAACAAGACCGCCAGUGGGAAUGUUGAGGCCAAAGUGGUUUGUUUCUACAGAAGGAGAGAUAUCUCUCACAGUCUCAUCCAACUCGCAGAUAAACACGCAAAGGAGUUGGAGGAGGAGAAGGAGAACCCAACAGAGACAGAGCUAACAGAAAAACAGAAACACCAGCUUCGUCACAGAGAGCUCUUCCUCUCACGACAGUACGAGAGUCUACCUGCGACACAUAUCAGGGGGAAGUGCAGUGUCGCAUUAUUGAAUGAGACUGAAGCUGUUCUUUCAUACCUUGACAAAGAGGAUACUUUCUUCUACUCGCUGGUUUACGAUCCGACACAGAAGACUCUGCUGGCCGACAAAGGAGAGAUCAGAGUGGGACCUCGCUUUCAGGCAGAUGUACCUGAAAUGCUGCAAGAAGGCGAGGCAGACGACAGGGACCAGUCCAAGCUAGAAGAGAAAUUGUGGGAUCCUGAGUGUCCUCUCACCGACAAACAAAUAGAUCAAUUCCUAGUGGUGGCACGGGCGGUUGGGACGUUUGCCAGAGCGUUGGACUGCAGCAGUUCAGUCAGACAGCCUAGCUUACACAUGAGUGCAGCUGCAGCUUCACGAGAUAUCACGCUGUUCCACGCAAUGGACACGCUGCAUCGCCAUAAUUACGAUCUGUCCAGUGCUCUGAGCGUGCUGGUCCCAGCGGGUGGUCCAGUGCUCUGCAGGGAUGAGAUGGAGGAGUGGAGCGCCUCGGAAGCUGCCAUGUUUGAAGAGGCUCUAGAGAAAUAUGGGAAAGACUUCAAUGACAUCCGACAAGACUUUCUGCCAUGGAAGUCUCUGACCAGUAUCAUAGAGUACUACUAUAUGUGGAAGACCACAGACAGAUAUGUUCAACAGAAGCGACUGAAGGCAGCUGAAGCAGAAAGCAAACUGAAGCAGGUUUAUAUUCCCACAUACAACAAACCCAACCCCAACCAGAUCUCUAUGACCAAUGGUAAGAUGGCAACAGUGAACGGAGCAGGCCCAGGGUCCUACCAUACAGCAGGAGGGGGCAGAGCCUGCGAGAGCUGCUACACCAUGCAGUCGGCUCAGUGGUACUCAUGGGGACCUCCAAACAUGCUGUGUCGCCUCUGCGUUUCCUGCUGGAUGUACUGGAAGAAGUACGGUGGCUUGAAGAUGCCGAGCAGAGCUGAGGGCCCUGAGGAGAGGACCUCCCCGAGCCCAGCGAGCAACGAGUCUCGCUCGAGGAGUCACGCUCCCCGCCAGUCCAACCACAUGGUACCGAUGCGAAACAGCGGCAGCCCCAAGUCCUCCAUGAAGACCAAGCAGGCUUUCGUGCUGCGAGCCUCCCACACCACCAAAAUGGCCCGGCACAUGUGCCGGGACCUCCUCAAGCUGCGCCGUGCUGCGCGCCGGCCCUUUGUCCCCGUUAACUGUGGGGCUGUAAAGGCAGAGUACAUGUUGAGGGUGUCAGAAGGGCAGGGGACUCGACUACCCAAAACCAGAGCCGUCCAAAGGAGCACGCUGACCAGCGUUGUGCAGUUUUUAGAGUCCCGUCCAGUGGCUCACGCCCCACGCUCCCACCGCACUCCAGGCCUGCAGACGCCUCCCCCCCGUCGCCUCCUCUCCUCUCUCCCACAUGGCCCCCACGGCAUGCUGGGAAAGCGCAGCUACCAUCACCACAGUAGGGCUGAGCCGGACAGGCGCUCAGAGAACCCGGGAUCAACAGGUGGACCACAAAUGCAUAACGGCCGCAACAGCAGCAGUGGAAACACCCGGGGAGGAGUGAUGAUCCGCAAGAGACGUCCAAACUGGAUCGAUGCCCCCGAUGACAGCUUCUUCCUCGUCACCCGGGAGACCAGGAGGGCUCGGCGGAUGCUGUCCCGGUCCCAGUUGCGGCACGCCUGCAGACAACCCUGCGAGCAAAUCACCCUGCGCAGGGUCUCCCACCCUCCGCCACAGGGGCUGGUCCACACCCCUCCACACCCUCACCCCAGCCUGAGAAUGCGUGGCCCCAUCGUCAUCCAUGACUGACGGCACACAAAUUCUCUGACCCCGCAGCCCCCCCCCCCCCGCCUGCAUCUUUACUGAUGAGUUCUGAUGACCGUUUAAUAAAUCCUCACUUCUUUUAAUCCUUAGAAACCCCUUGGUUACCCCCGGCAACACGUAAACAGGCUGAAGGAUGCGACGAUGAGACGUGAUGCAACAGAAACAAACCUGGCUGCAACCGCUGCCGGUCUUCAACCCCCUGGGACUUUUGUUUGUGUACAUAUACUCCAUCUGGGUGCAUGUGUGUGUGUGUGUGUGUGUGUGUGUGUGAGAGAUUAUCCCAACAACACAAGAGGAUAUGUGCUGUUUUAUUUUUUAUGGCUUAACGCGACGACACAAUUCUGUGUGAAGUUUGUUUCG